AAUGCGUUAAGUAAGGUUAUGUCGAGUAAUGACAUAACCUAACCUUACCUCAGACUACGCUCUUUGACACGUAAUAAAGUUAGAAUAUAUUGUCGACUGUGUUUUGUAUAAAAUUUUAUACUAUGGCUCGCUAUUUUCGAGAAGAAGAUAUAGAUGAAUUUAGAGAAUGUUUUUAUCUCUUUGCAAGGAAUGGCCAAAUACGCACUCUGGAUGAACUUACAAUCAUUAUGAGAUCAUUGGGAUUAAGCCCGACUAUUGCAGAAUUAAAUAAAUAUUUAAAGGAUAAAGGAGGGAAAAUGUCUUUUGCUGAUUUCUUGGAAGUUAUGCAUUUACAAACCAGAGCUGAGGAUCUGCCGAAGGAAGUGAUAAAUGCUUUCCAAGCUGCAGAUAAAUUUAGAACUGGUACUAUACCUGCUAGACAAUUAGCACACAUGUUGCUCCAUUGGGGUGAGCAAUUAAGUAACAAAGAAGUGGAGCAGAUUUUUAGAGAAGCAAACGUAUCUCCAAAUGGACAAGUGAAAUAUGAAGACUUUGUAAAAAUAGCCUGUGCACCUGUACCUGAUUAUUAUUGAGAGGCCUUUUUACAUCAUUGGAAGUUGUUUCUUGAUAUUUAAGCAUAUUCAAACAUUUGUUAUUUAUAGAAUUUUUAUACAGAGUAUAUCUGAAAUUAAUAAAGAAGCACAUUGUCACAAAA